AUGGCUGUGCUUCGUGCUGCAGAAAACAAUUUCCCUCCCCUGCCGGCAUUCAUACCGCUGCAGCCCUGCUUCUACCAGGACUUUGAGGAGAUCCCGGAUCAGCAUCGCACCAUGUGCAAAAGGCUGUACUACUUGUGGAUCUUGAACAGCGCCACGUUGGGCGUCAAUCUGAUUGGCUGUCUGGCGUGGAUGCUUGGCGGCGGCGGAGUCACCAACUUCGGGAUGGCGAUCCUGUGGCUCAUCCUCUUCACUCCGUGCUCCUAUGUGUGCUGGUUUAGACCCAUCUACAAGGCCUUCAAGACGGACAGCUCUUUCAACUUCAUGGCGUUCUUCUUCGUCUUCAUGGCUCAGGUGGCGAUCAGUAUCAUCCAGUCCAUUGGGAUCCCAGGCUGGGGAGUGUGCGGCUGGCUCGCCACCAUCGCUUUCUUCGGCACCAACAUCGGCUCGGCUGUGGUGAUGCUGAUCCCCACCGUCAUGUUCACUGCCGUUGCUGUUCUCUCCUUCAUCGCCCUCACCAAGGUCCACAACUUCUACCGGGGGAGCGGGGGGAGCAUGAGCAAGGCCCAGGAGGAGUGGACCUCGGGGGCCUGGAAGAACCCCCACGUCCAGCAGGCCGCCCAGCAGGCCGCCCUAGGCGCCGCCCAGGGGGCCAUGCAGCAGAACCAGCCGCAGUACUCCUCCACGCCCGGCAGCAACUACGGAAACCAGAUGUAGGGCGCCUAGGGGAGGGCGGGGGUGGGGGGAGCGAGGAGAGGUAGGCCUGCCAGAGCACAAGCCAUCAUGGGAGGGGGACCGCGCGGUCGAGAAGACCUGUGAUGGCCCCAGUGCCGCAUUUCAUCAUUGCCGCUGCUGUCACAAGGUUGCCAUGACCUGCUUAGAAAAAGAAAGGUUGUGUCAUUUGCUGGGUAUAUUUAUUUAUAUAUUUUUUGCUUAAUUAAUUAAUUAAUUAA